AUAGUACCAUUUUCUUCUUUAUGUAGUUAUAAGGUUGCAUCAGAGAAUCUCCCCAAGACCCUCUAAUAGAUCCUGACAUUAGUUUAUGAACUUUUCUCAGGAUCAUCACAUCAAUUAAAAGUUAUGGAGAAACUUGUUUCAAGCUGGUGUAAUGUUCAAUCUUUACCCGAUAAUUAUGUAUUUCCACCAGAAAAAAGACCUGGAAUAAACAUUGUUCCCCUAUGCAACACCAUUCCUGUAAUUGAUCUUGAAGCAAGUGAUGCAGCUCUGAAUAUUUUGAAGGCUAGCCAAGAGUUUGGAUUCUUUCAGGUGAUUAACCAUGGAGUUGCAGAGAACUUGGUGAAUGACACGAUGAGUGUUUUCAAGGAGUUCUUUGAGUUGCCUGCAGAAGAUAAGGCAAACCUCUAUUCUGAGGAACCAAGUAGAAGCUGCAGGCUUUACACGAGCAGUCCAAAUUACUAUAACGAAGAAGUUCAUUUUUGGCGUGACAAUCUGAGGCAUCCUUGCCAUCCUGUAGACAAUUUCAUUGAUCAGUGGCCUGAAAAGCCAAUAAGAUACCGAGAGGUCGUUGGAAAUUGCUCAGUGGAGAUGAGAAAGUUGGUAUUAAGGAUUUUGCAAAUGAUUAGUCAUGGGCUACGGCUUGAUGCUAAGUAUUUUGGAGAUGAUCUUAGCAAAGAAUUGUUACUAUCAGUUAAUCACUACCCUCCAUGCCCAGAACCAAAUUUGGCCUUGGGACUACCUAAACAUAGUGACCCUAAUCUCAUUACCAUCUUGCAUCAAGGAGAUGUCUAUGGACUUCAGGUGUUCAAGGAUGGGGAAUGGAUUGGGGUUGAACCUAUUCCUAAUGCAUUUGUGGUCAACAUAGGCCUACAAUUACAGAUCAUAAGCAAUGGGAAGCUGAAAAGUUCUGAACAUCGAGUAGUGACAAAUUCAAGUGAUGCUAGAACAACGGUAGUAUUCUUCUUUAGUCCUUGUAAUGAUAGCUUGAUAGAACCAGAAAAAACUCUGACAGAUGAAAGGAAUUCUCCACUCUAUAAAGGUUUUCAAUACAAAGAGUUUCUUACCUACUAUAUAGCAAAGCAUGGAGACACUGAAGCAGCAAUUGAGCCCUUUCAGCUCAUAUGAAAAAAAAAAAAUAAAAACAGAAGAAGAAGAAAACCCACGUCUAGCAAACUAUUUGUUAUGAACUUAUGAUUUGAUCAAAAUGUUCAAUUGCAGUUUCUGUA